UGAACAGAAGGGGGCUUUAAACCGGGAGAAAACAGGAAAAAGAGGGCACCGGAGGAGAUAAACUAAAUAUUUUCGUCUGCGUUUUAAAUCCCCUCGGGUCGCCCUGGAACAGCUUUAGGCAUGGAUUUGGGCGUUUAUUACACAAUAUAAACGCGAAUACGUGAAAAAAAUCGCCAAGGCAACUUGUUAGCCUCUACCCAGCUAGCAAGGGGGAGGAGCGGGGGGUUGACGAUUGUUUUUUCCCGCAGCCCAAGUUGUUUGUUUAUGUUAUUCCAAACGGACAUGUCCUCUUCAAACCCAGAUUUACCAGACUCUGAUCUGGGUAUGGGGGCAAGUGGGACCCAAGGAAGUGGCGGAGCUGUUGUUCCUAAAGGGACCAAAAGGAGAGCUGUGCAAGACUUUGAUGAUGAUGAGGAUGAAGGAAACAAGCUUUUCAGGUGUGAUGAUGAAUCAGGAGGUGGCAAUGACAAAGAGCGCUUUGCCAGGGAGAACCACAGUGAGAUUGAGAGGCGGAGACGAAACAAGAUGACCGCUUACAUCACAGAGCUGUCGGACAUGGUGCCCACCUGCAGUGCACUAGCACGGAAACCAGACAAACUAACCAUCCUGCGAAUGGCCGUCUCCCAUAUGAAGUCGCUGAGAGGAAGUGGCAAUACCAAUGCGGAUGGAUCAUACAAACCUUCCUUUCUCACUGACCAGGAACUGAAGCACCUCAUCCUGGAGGCAGCCGACGGCUUCCUGUUCGUGGUGUCAUGUGAGACUGGCCGCAUUGUUUAUGUCUCUGACUCCCUGACACCCGUCCUCAACCAGGCGCAGUCUGAAUGGCUCGGCUCCUCCCUUUAUGAUCAGCUCCACCCAGACGACACAGAAAAGCUCAGAGAGCAGCUCUCAACUGCCGAGAAUAACAACACGGGGAGGAUGUUGGACUUGAAGACAGGAACAGUGAAGAAGGAAGGCCAGCAGUCGUCAGCCAGAAUGGGUAUGGGAGCCCGUCGAUCGUUCAUCUGCAGAAUGAGGUGUGGUUCUUGUACUGUGGAGCCAUUGUCCAUGAACAGACUGAACUUCCUGAGGAAUAGAAACAGGAAUGGUUUGGGUACAGCCAAGGAAGGGGAGCCCCAGUAUGUAGUGGUCCACUGUACAGGAUACAUCAAGUCCUGGCCCCCUUCAGGAGUAUCAUUAACAGACGAUGAAUCAGACAACACUCGGGGGAGUCGCUACUGUCUGGUUGCAAUUGGGAGAUUACAGGUCACUUGUUGCCCAGGUGACACAGCCAUCAACAGUAUCAGUGUUCCGGUGGAGUUCAUCUCGCGCCAUAACUGCCAGGGCAUGUUCACCUUCGUAGACCACCGCUGCAUGGCUGCUGUCAGCUACCAGCCCCAGGAGUUAUUGGGGAAAAAUAUUCUUGAGCUUGCCCACCCCGAAGACCAAGGCCUACUGAGAGACAGCUUUCAACAGGUGGUGAAGCUCAAGGGCCAGGUCAUGUCAGUGAUGUUUCGGUUUCGCUCCAAAUCGAGAGAAUGGAUCUGGAUGCGAACUAGCUCCUUCACCUUCCAGAACCCGUUUUCAGAGGAGAUUGAGUAUAUAAUCUGCACCAAUGUCAAUGUCAAAAACUCGACUCAGGACCCCCUCACUCCCAUCUCCUCCCCAGGGGGUUCGCUGCCCCCCUCCCUGGGUCAGAGCAGCCCAAGCUGCCCUCCUGUAAUGCUCAGCCCUGGGCAGGUGGCCGCCAGGCAGUUACAGCAGCAGCAGCAGGCUGAGCUCGAGGGAGGCGGAGCCAGGGACGGCCUGUACGAGGCUGGACCAAUCACCCUCUCACAGAUGCCGGUGCAGCCGGUGACCGCAGCAGGGCCAGAUCACAGCAAGAGCCAUGAGAAGCCCGAGCUCUACUCCUCCCUUUUCCAAGGUCAAGAUCAGAGCAAGGGCCUGUCCUCCACCUCCACUAACACCACACCAAUCUACCCACCAGCCAAUAACUUCCCUGCUGCUCGUUCUAAUGAUGCAUACAGGCCAGUCAACAUGACUCCACAGAUGGCACAGCCUGCCCACUCAGCAGGGCAGAUGCUUGCUCAGAUGUCUCGUCAGAACGGAGCCCCGCAGUCAGUUACCCCCUCCAGUACUGGCAGCCCCCUCCACGGAGGACCAGCAGGAGGGUGGCCUGGAGCUGCAGCUGGAGUUAGACCGCAGUUUAACAACCAGCAGGUGGCUCCCCAGGCAGCAAAGACCAUGUCACCACAGUUCGCUCCCAUGGGAGGAUUUGGAGGUGGCUCUUCCAACUCUUUUGGCCAGAUGCCUACAGGUGCUGCCCCCAGCCAAACCAACAAUGCAAACUACCCGCCCAUUAAUGCCCGUGCCAACAUCAACACCAAUGGUUAUGAUGGCUCUCAGUCUGGGGCGCAGUUCCCCUCACGAGCAGCGGAGGCAGUGUGGCCCCAGUGGCAAGGCCAGCAGCACUCGCAGAGUAGUGCAGAGCAGCAUCCUCACGCUCAGGGCAACCAGCAAGACAUGUUUCCUGAUGUGUUGUCCAUGCUGGACCAGCCUGCCAAUUUCAACGGCGACGACUUUGAGAUUCCCAUCUACCCUUCGUUCGAUCAGUGACCUUGUCCUCCUCUGGUCUACCCCUUUGACUUCUUGAGAGUUUUUGCACUCACUUUUUCUUCCAUUAUUCAGCUCUUCCGCUCCUUGUUUCUUCCUGCUCCUGAGAGUAGCACUCUUCCCUUGCUUUGCAUGGCUUAAACUGCACUGCCACAAGCCAGUUAAAGACAGAGGGAUGUAUCUGACUGCAGAUAUGAAGGGGAGGAAAAUCACGGAUUUGCUACUGACUAAAAGAUAAUUAUAGUUUUCAGUCAUCGUCAGAGAAUUCUCUAGCUAGCCCUGUCCAAAGCUCAACAAUCUUUGUUGUAGAUAUGUGAUAUAUAUAUAUAUAUAUAUAAAUAUAUAAAGUCUCUUCCACUCUGGUGAACAUACACAGGAAGAAAACACACAACACACAAAGGCCUUUUAUUCUAAUGUGUUACUAGUUUUUCUCAGGCAUUGAUGAAGAGUGUAUUUAGCCGUUUUACCCUUUUAGCAUGUAGACUAAUCGCUCCAGUCGUUGAUUUAAACUCUCAGGAAAUUGCAGGGAUAUACAGCUUUGGUAUUUUUUUCUUUUUUUUUUAAUUCUCAGCUCUUGCACGCAAACCACCUCACUGUCUGUGCUAACCUCACUCACAGUUAUAAAUCCACAGCAUGUCUCUGCAUGUCUGCACUGCUUUCAUGGAAGCGCUUCUCCGGUGUGUAGAUUUAUACUGACUACAGUCGUCUUUGUACAUUGGUGGCUUCACUUAUAAAUUUAAGUAUUUUCUUUAACCUCUUAAGGAACAUGUGAGGUUUUUUCUUCAUUGAAUGAAGUCCUUUAACAGCAACAGACACAGUGUCACAAUGGCUACAUACUGUUUGUCUAGGUGCCGCUGUAAAUGUAUACAAUCUAUUUUUCUUCAUUAACGUGAACAUAUAUACAGUAUGCAUGUGUGUAUGUAUGUAAAAUGGAUGCGUACAGUAAUAUUACCAACUGUAACAAAGUUGUAGGGUUUCCGGCUUGAUAUUCUUCUUUCUGUCGCCCUAUACCAAGUAUGGGCUUUUUGUACUCCUUUUUGUAAAAGAAAUGUAAAGAAAAGAAAUCAAACAGCAAUAAUUAACAAGCAGAAAUUGUGUACUUUUAAAGCCAUUCUGUUUUUGUUGUCAUAAAUGUCCUUGAUUAAUGUUAUUUUAAAAUGGAGAGAAGUUGUAGUAAUGUUUGAUUUAAUUGAAAUGUUUCCCACGUAUUUUAUUGUUAUUUUGAAACUUUGGAUGAUCUCUCCAAUGCCCUAUUCUGAUUGGUAUUUAAUUAAUGGUUCAAUCAGGGUAUUCAGGAUUAAAAUGGAACAAAAUGAGCACAAAAUAAUACAAUCCACAAGGGAGAAUGCCCUAAAAGUUUUGUGACAAACAUUUGGAUCAAACCACCUGUGUUUUACAAUCAAUUUUUGUAUUAUAGAAGAAUAUUGUGGUGUGAAAGAAAAUGCUUCUAAAAUAUUUAGAUUUUUAAUAUGUGGAAUUAGUUUAAAUUUGACCUUUUUAUUACGGUUUUCCAUUGUCUGUGUGAAACACGCACACUGAUGUAAUUGUAUGUAAACCCAUGUUGAUAAUUGUCCAGUUUUGAUCUUAAAGAGGAUGUCGGUGACUGUGUUUGUCUUUGUUCUUGGUUGUUCUGUAUCCAGGUUUUUUUCUCCAAUGAUGUGAACUUUUAUCACUCAUAGAAACACAAAUAUAUAAAUAUUCUGUAUAUGAAAUGUUAAACGAGAGAAAAAUGUUUGGUUUUUGUAUUAAAUUGUUGAAA